AUGUCUGAAGAUAACUAUACUGUUCCAGCUAGCAAAUUCAUUCCUUUGUUAAGAGAAGUUGCUGAUAAACUCGAUAAACUCGCAGAAUUUUACCAAAAUGUAAAGUAUAGUAGACGAAUUUGUGGUGUGCUAAUGAUCAGAAUACAGACAGCCCGUGCGUCAAUAAGCAGUUUAGAAAUUUGUGCGAAUGAAUUUCCUGAAUCCACUGAUUUUUUUACUUUAAAAAAUAAUACAAUUUUACGGAAUUUUAAACAUGUAAUGAGAAAAUUUGAAGAAUUUAUCAGAAAAGUUCAAGAUAUCCACAAUUACCGAUUAUUUUUUGAACAAAAUUUUAUAAAAAAUGAAUUUUAUGGACUUAUAAAUGAAUUCGAUGAAUAUAUGAAAUUAUUAAAAUUUUCAAUACCCAUCGAAAUAUCAGCAAAAAAUAUUGACUUAAUAAAUAAAGACACUGAUGAGAUGAAAGAG